CAGGACUAACAGAGUAUAAUAUUGUCUCAUACCACAUCAGAGCAGUAAACACUCGACGAAAAUGGCGGCAUAGAUAUACAUGAUCAAACAAAAAUUUUAUUAGAUGUACUUUCAAGCCGACAAGGCGAUAACGGACAGAGAGCCGGCUUGGUUUAUAUAAAGAUCUGUGGAGCUCAUUCGCUACAAAACCGACAGCUUCCCCAAGCCAGAAGAUGUGCAGGAAGAUAAUUUAUUUGUGUAUUGUUCUCUCGGCCGCUACGUAUUGUCGGUCUGUUAUACCCGAAGAGGACAUUAUGGAGGACCUAUUUUACAGCUACAAUAGACAUGCUCGUCCGUCUUAUGGUCCUGGACACACUGUAGAAGUAACACACAGUCUAACUCUCACGAGGAUCGUGAACAUGGAGAAGCGCGUGUUGACGGCCGACACGUGGCAGAUGAUGAAAUGGCAGGAUAGUCGGUUAAUGUGGGACCCAGACGAUUACAGUCAGGUGGAUCACAUCAACAUUCCGGACGAGCUCAUAUGGACCCCCGACAUAAUAUUAUACAACAAUGCCGCUGCCACGUCUGGUAAGACGUACGCCAGUAUCCGAGUUAUCGUCAGCUCCGAAGGCGACGCCCAGUGGAUACCAGGCACGCGCGUCACCGCCUACUGUGACGAGGUCACAAGUACAGACCGGGAUAGUGUACAGGUGGGAGAUUACAAAUGUCCACUCAAGUUCGGAUCCUGGACUUAUCACGAAAAGACUAUGAACAUGACUAUUGACGGGAAGGGCUUUUUGUUGGGAGACUACAACGAAAGUCCCGAUUUUGAAAUUAUUGACCAUAGCGUAGAACGAGAGACCCUCACUUACUCGUGCUGUGCCGAACCGUACAUAUCUAUCACCUACACCAUAUGGCUGAGGCGAACGUGCCAACAAACUGCAGUCGUUGUGGAUGGUUGCGACGCGCAGGGCGAGAGUGACAAUUGGAGCCAUGAAGGUUCCCAGACAAAUGGGACACAUGAAAACAACGACCAAGGCACCACUGACGAUAAUAGCGAUACAGUUGUCGAUGAUUCUGAUGAUGAUACUGACGACGAUGGUAACGAUGAUAAUACUGACGGCGAUGGCACCGAUGAUCAUACCGAUGAUGAUGAUAAUGAUGAUGAUAUUCCUGACAUAGGACACAACAAUGACGAUAAUGACGAUGACUCUGAAAAUGUCCAGCCUGUCGUAACAACUUAGGAUAUACAGCUAGCAAAUUGCUCAUCGAUUUGGCACAUGGGAGAGAACUCUUGUGACAUUACGAGUACUCUUUCCAUACUUCCUUUUUGUUUCAUUGAGCAAAACGUAUGUCAUACACAUGCUCAUUAUUUGGUUGUAUUUGGAUCUGGCUAUGACGUUAUAACGAGUUAAAUUAAUAUAGUAAUUAUAUGCAAUAUCACAACAACUAAUACUCCUGUCAUACUAUCAUAUACAAUACAUUAUAUUUGCCAUGAUAUACAAUGUAUACUACGUGUUGCGAUAUUGUGAAUAAUAUGUUUUACGUUAUUUAGAGAUAGAGGUCACACAACAAGUAGUUGUUGUACAUGGUAAUUAUGUUGAUACGCAAAGGAAAUUAUUUCAGAAAUAUGUGGAAAUUAAAUUUAAUACAGAUCGAACAAGUAAUUUAAGGUACCAUCAAGGCAAGAAAUUGAUAGAAAUCCAUAAGCAAAUCAAAUGUUACAGAAAUAAUCUACUUAAUACUCGUUUUAAUUUCGGUGAGUUGGUGAGACGUCCUCCAGUCAAAGUCUAUUGUGUCAGUCAAUCAAAACGUGUUUACAAUUUAG